GCCAGCAGUCCCCACAGAGCGCAGAGCGCAGCGCCGUCUGUCACAGAGAGGAGCUUCAACACCUUUACGGGAUUUGAAAGACAACAAGAGUGGAUAAACUGAACUGAACAAGGAGUCCACGCAGGUGAGGUGAGGACAAGGACGAGAUCUGCAUCUGCCCCAUCUGUCUAUCAACAAACCAAGUGCCUCGGUGCCGGCCACCCUCAGGUCACCUCAACCACAACGGGCGCCAAACAAUAAAAGUCCUGACCUGGCGUCCCUCAGACAGCCUGCGCAAAGCAAAUAUUUGAGGCCAUUAUAUCUAAUUUCUCCAGGCAGCCAUUGCUGAAAAGAUCAACAGUGUAGGGUGUUGUUGGGAGACAGAAAGAGAGAAGAAAAAAGUGGGGGAAGGAAAAAGUAACCCUUUCAAAGUGCACCCUGCCUGCUAUUUCUGCUGCGCUGUGGGCAGGGAGCGUCUCAUUUGGGAGUGCUCUUGGCUGACAAAAAAAGGACUUCCCUGUGCCCUGCCUGCCUAUCCAAAUGCCUGUGUAAAUACUGGAUAGAGAUAUCAAUUUGUCUGGGCUCUGACAUUACCCAACAAAGAGGCUGUAAGCUAUCUAUAGAAAACGUUACAACAAACUUGGACUCUGUGGUCUCCUGAAUUGCUACCUAUCUAUUACCCCUCAAGGAAGAUUCAAGAGCUGUGUGAACAGGAAUGAGAGCUGCCGCAGUUUGCUACACUUAGAAACUUUUGCAAACUCAAAAGAAAAUUUCACAACAGCUGCUCUCUGCGGGACACCGGAAGCAGUGGGUCAAAUAGAGGCUGCAUUUUUGAUGUCUCUCCCAGCUUACUGAAUCAGCAUGAAGCCCCUAACGCCAGCUGGAUCCCCCUCUCCUCUGAGGCUCCUCAACAAGGGUCCAGACUACCUGCGCAGGCAGAUAGAUGGUGGAGGCCACGGCCGUGCAAUCAGCGCUGUGGAGAGGCUUGAGGCCGACAAAGCAAAAUAUGUGAAGACCCAGCAGGUGAUCAACACCAAACAGGAGCCUGUGCUGGUGCCCUGUGCCACCCCACCACCACAGCCCCGGAGAGCGAUUGCCAUCCCUGGCAGCCUGACGCCUCAUCUACCCCCACGCCGUUCAUCCAACACCCCUUUCUCUACACUCUCCUUCACGUCAAGAGACGAGAAUGAAAACGACGACUCCAGGAAGGAGAAUAGACGGACUUCUGUUGACGUUGAGGCACAUAACAGGAGCAAUGUGAACAAAGCACUGCCUCCCAACCCCAGGACUUCUGGCAUUAACACCUUGGUAGCGCCACACAGUGCCCCUGUACUCAGAAGAAGCACAGGCAAACGCAUGCUGAGGCCGGACUCCCUCGUCAUUUACAGGCAGAAGAAAGAGUGCAAGAGUCCGAGUGGUGCAGCAGUGGGAGAGAACAAUAACUCAGAGGUGAAGGGGUAUAGCUUUGUCCGCCGGCUCUUCCAGGGUUCCAUGAGGGAGAAGAGUAGUGGAAGUGAAGGCAGAAUCCAGAAGAUGGUCAUUGGUGAAGAGAAAGCACCAUCAAGGGAUGGAGACUCCCGAAUGUCUUGGACCAAUGACAAAGACACUAUGGACGGAGGACUGGGGAGCAGACGGUCUAGUAAAACUGACCAAGAACGCAGCCCAGGGUCGAUCCCGAGCCCGGGGUUUAGCUGUGUGCUUGAACGGACUGAAAAUGGAUUUACAAAUGGUACCAGUAAUGGUGUCACCAAUGGCAACCACACAAGUAACCAUGAUGACGAGAACGACCCGUGGAAGCGGGCGUCACCCCCACCAGCACCCAGAAGGCACCUUGGGGAGUUGCGGCGCUCCCAGUCAGACCUGCGUCUGCGCUGCUCGGUAGCGUUAUCAGAGCAGGAGCAUUUCUUUGACUUCUGCGGGCUGGACGUGGACAUGAUAGAGCGUCUGGGUCGAGAGAAUUUUCUCUCAGGUGCCAGCUCCAUAGACACACUCUCACUGGCCCUCCGUAGUGUAGGUGGGGAUGGCUGCGGCGGCUCAGAGCCCAGUGAGUUUUCCCAGCACUCAGGAGAUGGGCUGUUUCAGGAGGAGCUGGCUGAGCAGGUUCCCACUGGUGUGUCAAUCAUUGAGAGGAACGCUCGAGUCAUCAAGUGGCUUUACGGGUGUAAGAACGCUGCUCGAGAGGGACCCAAAGAAUCUACUGUUUAAUAUAGGGAUGGGGAACCAUGUGACGUGGAGUGUGAGAGUCUGAAGGUGUUCUUAUGUGUUCUUUAUAAGUGAAAUCACCUGGUGCAGACCUUUGCCCAUUGUGCAGAAAUUUGCUGUUGAGUUUGCACUGCAAACCAAAAGUCAUAGCAUUGAGUCACGACUGAAUUUCACUUGAUUUCAAAAAAGCCACACUCAGGCUGGGCUGUGAUUAGCGAGCAGCGAUGCAUCACAGAAGGAAAAAAUAGGACUUGUUUCUAUUUGUGAGCCUCGAGCAGCGAUGCAAGUCAAAGCUCCUAGCAAAAUGUGACUUCUCUUUAAAUUUAGAAUGAGUCUCUGACAGUCGGCUCAGGAUUUGUUUGCAGAAUUAGCACUCCGUGGCACAUGAUUACCUUCAGUCCCUCGCUCUCUGCUACUCCAAAGAGACUGUUUCUUCAAAUGAGAGGACAAGCUCCGAGUCAUCUCUGGUCAAACUGAUAUAUUGUAUUUAUAGAGCCUAUGGACAUAUUGUGUGGAUGUGGACAGACCUUACUGGUGAAUGGAACCAUUACUCCCAGCAAAAUGUUAUGUGUGUGUAUGUGGCUGUGUGUGGAGUAGACACUGCCGUCCUCUCCAUUUGUAGCUUCAGUUAUUGACCGAACUGAUCCGAAAUCAGCCCCUGUGACACCUCACGAGGCACAUAAGUGUGUGUUCGUCACGACACAGUGAACACAGUCUAGUGUCCUUGACGCCGACACUCUCCCUUAACGACUAAAUUAAAAUGGAAAACCACUAAGCUAUGUUUUUUUCUAAACUGGAAAACUGUUGUGUGAGUGUGAAGUGAACCAUGAGUACCUCAUUCGGAUCUGUCCCAGUUUAGUUUGUGUGUUGCUUUUUUUUUUUUUUUUUUUUUACUACUUAAACGCAGGCGUUGGAACAAACAUGCGAGGCACCCCUGUGGGGUUGUUAAUGCACUGAACUGGACAGAGAGGGAGGAAAUGACAGAGAGAGAUAUAGCUUUGAUUCUUUAAAGAGAUUCAUCUCACAUAACGUUAAACACUGAGCUGGAUUCAAAGGAGCACCUGCAUCGAGGAGGACAUUGAGGAGCCAUGCCUGGCCAGUAAUUUUUGUCAUUUUCAUCUCAUUUUGUAAACCCUAAAGACUCUCACAAAGUAAAAACACUGUCCAAUAAUCACGUGUGACACAGCCAUUGAUUGCUAAUGCUUAAUGUGUGUUCAGUGCUCACAGCUAUGGCUGCAAGAAGAGCAUCAGGGAAAGAUUCCUGUCAGAGCAAACUUGACUUUUGCAGGCAGAUACAAGCACAAUGAGAGUUUAAAUCUCACGGAGGAAGUUUCAAAAAUGAAUAAAAUUUCAUGAAAAUAAUACAGUCACCUCCAAAAGUAAAAGAGCCAAACUACCGCAAACUGUUUUAGGACGUCACUUUCACCAUCUGGCAGUUUACAGACGUUUAACCUUCCCAGCUGGCUCGGUCAGCACGUUUCCCAUCAAAUCAAAACAAGCAGGGGAGGCUGAAGCUGCCCUCCUUUCUCUGAUAACCACAGAUCCUACCUCACGUCAUCCAUCCUUCAGUGAUUCUCACUUUAUCUCCAUGAAAGGUCACUUCCAUUGCUUGACCUGAAGGAUGCCACUGAAAUAUGAACUGAGCGAGAGGGGCGGGGGGGUCUGCCGAGGUAUGCGAAGGUUAGACCGAGAGGCGUUCAGGGCUGAGAAUGACUGAAACCAAGGGCACGGUAUAUUUAUAUGUGUGAUAAAUUAACACAAUUAAUUGCAGCUUUGGUGUUUGAUUUUCUGUAUUUAUAAUCAGCAUGGCACACUCCUGACAUCCCUUCAACCUGGACUUUUUUUUGUUUUUAUAUCUCCCUGUUAAAAACCGUUUGGUUGCAUGUUUACAAAGUGGCUCCAUGAAAAUCUGAAUCUCUUUUUUUAUUUGAUAUAUAAAUAUAUAUAAAUGAGAGAUUUAGUUUUAUUCCAAAGAUGUUUGUGUAUGAUGUACACAGCAAA